AUGUCGAAGCCGCAGAUUGGCAUAUCGUCUGUCUGGUACAGCGGCAACCCGUGUAACAUGCACCUCAUGUCUCUGUCGAACGUGGUCAAGGAGAGUGUAGCAAAAGCUGGUCUGGCGCCGAUGCAGUUCAACACUAUCGGCGUGUCGGACGCGAUAUCAAUGGGCACUACAGGCAUGAGAUAUAGUUUACAAUCAAGAGAAAUCAUCGCGGAUUCGGUAGAAACGGUCAUGCAGGGACAGUGGUACGAUGCAAAUAUAUCUCUGCCGGGCUGUGACAAGAACAUGCCUGGCGUGGUGAUGGCAAUGGGAAGAGUUAACCGGCCUUCUAUUAUGGUCUAUGGGGGGACGAUCAACCCUGGAUGUGCAAAGACCCAAAACAACGCGGAUAUCGAUAUUAUAUCCGCUUUUCAGGCGUACGGCCAAUUCUUGAGUGGAGACAUUACCGAGGAGCAGCGGUUCGACAUAAUUCGACAUGCGUGCCCUGGUGGUGGUGCUUGUGGAGGCAUGUAUACAGCAAACACGAUGGCUUCGGCUAUAGAGAUUAUGGGCAUGACGCUACCUGGGAGUUCUUCCAAUCCGGCAGAGUCCAAGGCGAAACAGCUUGAGUGCCUUGCUGCUGGAGGUGCUAUUCGAAAUUUGCUGAAGCUCGAUAUCAGACCAUCCGAUAUCCUCACCCGUCAAGCAUUUGAAAAUGCCAUGAUUCUUGUCAACAUCACUGGAGGGUCGACGAAUGCCGUUCUGCACUUGAUUGCCAUUGCUGAUUCGGUGGGUGUGAAACUAACGAUUGACGAUUUCCAAGCUGUCAGUGACAAAACACCAUUCUUAGCAGACCUCAAGCCUAGCGGCAAAUACGUGAUGGCAGAUCUACACAAUAUUGGAGGUACACCGUCGUUGAUCAAGCUUCUGCUGAAGGAAGGUGUGAUCAAGGGUGACGGAGUGACAGUAACAGGUCAGACAUUGGCGAAGAAUGUCGAGAACGCCCCAGAUUUCCCCUCGGAUCAGACCAUCAUCCGGCCUUUCAGCAAACCCAUCAAGAAAACUGGCCACAUUCAGAUCCUGCGCGGCUCGCUUGCCCCAGGAGGCUGCGUGGGAAAGAUUACAGGAAAGGAAGGGUUGAAAUUCGUUGGGAAAGCCAAGGUCUAUGAUGAAGAAGACCUAUUUAUUCAGGCUUUAGAGAAGAAUGAGAUAAAGAAAGGAGAGAAGACUGUGGUAGUGAUCCGGCAUGAAGGUCCUAAAGGCGGUCCAGGAAUGCCAGAAAUGCUGAAACCAUCUUCAGCGAUCAUGGGAGCAGGUCUCGGAAAUGAUGUCGCACUGAUCACAGAUGGCAGAUUCAGUGGUGGCAGUCACGGCUUUCUGAUUGGUCAUAUCGUACCCGAAGCAGUUGAGGGAGGACCGAUCGGACUCGUCGAGGAUGGUGAUGAGAUCAGCAUAAACGCCGAGACGAGAGAACUCAAUCUGCACGUUGAUGCCACAGUCCUUGAUCAGAGGAAGAAGAAAUGGGCGCAAAAUCCACCCCAACCAAGAGUCAGGAGAGGUACACUCGGGAAAUAUGCUAGAUUGGUCCAGGACGCGAGUCAUGGAUGCAUCACGGAUGCAGAUAUGUCUGAUAUCAAUUGA